CCCAGCACACGCCCGCCAAGCGCAGUCCUCCCUCUCAUACACUCUCAACCUAACUAUACUACUACUUAGCCCUCAACCAUACAUUGUCAUCAAACACAAUAGGCUUAUAAGCCAGAAAUGGGUGACUGUCUUUAGGCUUUCUGAUCGGUGGGAAAUGGCUUCCCCACUAGGCUUCAGCAUCAUUAUUGAUAGAACUGAUCAUACAAAAAAAAUUGGGAUUAUAUUUAUAACAGUAGACCUUUAGAUCUAUUCUAAAUAUAUCUAGUGGCAAUUGUGUUUUAUUUUUUGUUGGAUGGAAUAGGCCUAUUGGGUUGUUGGUUUAUUAUGUGUGAAGACGGCGUCACCAACGGCUGGAUCAGCUGUUCAACAUGACAACACAAGGAGCGGCGGGGGACGGAGCAGCGAUGAGACAACGCACGACGCCAUCACUUUACUCUCAAUAAUGUCCAGUACCGGGUAUUCCGCGAGGGUUCCUGGUCUCCGUCAACAUGGCCGACAUCAUCUCAUGCAAAAGCUACACUUCAGAGAGUUAUACGGAGAAGCAAGACAGACUCGCUCACGUCCAAGACAGAGGUUGUUUUAUCAGCUACCUCACCGUCUGGCCUUCUCCUUGUCACAGGUGGCUCCUCCUUCUGCUCUUGCUGCAGGUCAUGUCUUCUUGGGGUUCACAAAGUGUGGCCAGUUUGUCCUCUCAUACACUCACUCCUGUGACACAGAUGACCACACACUGCAGAUGAUACACAGAUAUAGACUGCACUGGUGGGUGUUUAUUCCUUAUGCUCCAUUGCGAAAAGUGGCCGAGGUAAUGCUUUUUGGUGACCAGGAUUUGCAAGAAGGCUUGUAUGAAAAUAUCUUCAUCUCUCUCUGUCAGUGGCCAAGAGAUUUAUCCAAAAUUCUUGUGUAUGGUUGUAGUAUGAUCGAGGGUAGUGAUGGAAGCAGUUCCCAAACUCGCAGAUGUUAUAUCACUAUUACUGCUGUUCCUUCGCUUGAUAACUGCUCUGCCUGUUAUCAGGUGGCCACUUCUUAUGAAGAAGAAGAUCUGGCAGAGCGUUGGAAUAGCUGUGUGCGAUUUAGCUGUCUUAAACAUGGCAUUACAGUUCAUACCAGUUUUGAAAUGGUACCGCCUUUCCCAAAGUUCCUCCCUAAUGUACAAAUGAAAAGGAAGGGCUUUGUGGUGCUCAAUGCUGGCAAUUUUAUUCAUGUACUGAAUGUUGACUUAGAAAAUAUGGAGAGAAAAAUGAAAGAAGUUGAAUCAGAAAUUUUAGGUGUUAGACUAAAUAGUAUCAAUGAGGAGGAAAGAGAGGAAGAGGAGGAAAGUGAUGAUGAUAGGGAACAAAAUAAAGUGAAAAAUAGUGUGUCAGGUGGGCAGUAUAGUCUACCAAACCUAAGAUCUGGUAAAGAGUAUAAUAUGGUAGACAGCUCUGGUAGUGAUGUUGAACAUGAGGCCGAUGGCCAAAGCAGUUGUGAGGAGGAGGAAGGAACUCAGUUAGAAAAGUACCACACAAGUACUGGAUCAGGAAUAAGUGGACUGAAGAUAACGCUGAAUACUGGAGGAAGGUGUGGUUGUAAUAGUUCAAUGACCGACAGAGACAGAGAAUGGGAAAUUUUAAUAGGAAAUUUGCCUCCAAAAAGUGAAGUAAGGACUAGAAAUGAAGACAGUAAUAACAUUCAUGGUGAUUGUGGAGGCAGUCAGAGUAGUAGUACUGCUGAUGGGCUGAGUAUUUCUCAUCUCUGUGACAAUGAAAACUGUGAUAACAAAAGUCAUGGGAGUCUCAGUGGACUGCAAAACAAUAAUAUUGUUUGUAAUCUCACGCUCAAAGAAUUUAAAUUGCCUGAUGAUUCCCCUUAUCAUUUUUAUGGUGAUGAAGACUGCUUUAAUGACAACGACUCUGAUGACUCAACAAGGUGCUCCCACCUUAGUGAAGAUUCACGUUUAGGCCGCUCUGAUCUCAGGGACACAAUAAACAUUGGUGAUAAAUUUAGAGCAGGAGUUAAUUGUUGUGGAAAUAAUAUAAUAGCUGAUGAUUUGCCCAUUAAUUCUGUGCAUUCCCAACAAGGUAGAAGGGUACUUCGUAGCUCAAGUGAAAGUUCCUAUGGUGAAAAAACUCCAACAAAGCAAGCUGAAAAGGAGUACGAAUUCAUUGAUGAAAUUACAGAGUCACGUCAUGAAAAACUUAGUGUCUUUCGUCGCAGACGUCUUGCUGACAAGAAAUAUGAAUUUUCCGAUGAAAAUAUGGAAAAUGUUCCUCAAAAGUAUAGCAGCUAUAGAAGCCAAAGUCGUAGGUUACUAAUGAGUCCAUCACGUUCACCAAGAUUUCGCUCAAUGGGUGUUCCAUUAUCUGAGCUUUCAAUAGAGUUGGGUGAAUCAUCGGGACUCCUCAGAUCAGUAUACGAAAAGCUUUUAAGUCCAAACUCUGGUAGUGGGUCUCCUAAUGAUGUUCUGCGACCAAUCAACCAGAAUAUCACCAGCCCUGUCCUCUCACCUCGAGAUGACCGAUGGAGAGAAGAGAUUGAUCGAUUGGAAAAGGCAGAACUGCAGAGAUGGAGCUCACGAGAGAGUUUAGGAUUGUACACACACAGCCCUGGAUAUGUUCAGAAGUCUUCUGAAAGAGCUUCCAAUAUAACGCCAAACAGCGUUUCAGAUCUUACUCAGUCUUUGAGCUUGAAUUGUGUUGUUGACUUCAACCGACGAUACAUUGAAGUUGACGAUGAGCUAGUUUCUAUCAUUACAGACAUAGAAGAUGAUGAGCUAGGAACAGCCACUGGCUAUCAUAAUGCAUUGCCCCUUGAAGUGCAUGGUUCAGGCUACACCCAGAUGCAUAUGAUCUCCAAUUCAAAGGCGGAAAAAUUGAUGGCUCCAGGUGUAUUAGUAAGACAAGUUAGCUUGGAUGUUGAACAGUUCUGUCAUGAAAUGGCUCAGAGAUUAUGCACUGAAGCUGGAAAAAAGUAUUUCUUCUGUAAUGACUACAACGUGGAGAUAGUUGAUGUGUGUCCAAGUAGUGGGGACAUAGUGGCACUAGCAUCAGUUUUAGUCCAGGCUGCAACAGUUGUUAAAGGACUGAGUAAGACAGUUCGAUCCCCAAUUAGUUCCUUAACUCGUCGUCAGUACAAAACUACAGCUACAUUCAUCUUUAACAUGGAUUCCAAACAGUAUUAUCUCAUAGAUAAGGAGCCACUGCUUGAAGAAGACCCAUAUAGUAUUGAAACCAUGGAAGGAGAUGUUGGUGAUGAAAGGUGGUGGCUGAGUGCUCGCCAAACAGCUCGACAGUUGCGUGCACAGUGGUCAUGCCCAACUGAUUAUUAUUCAAGUGUCAAAGUCAUGACAAAUGAGCCAAUUCUCAAAGGUAAAUCUCUAAACCACAUAAUGGAAGGUCAGCAUCUGGUAGCUCUAGUUCUGGGACCACACCAUGAAGGAACAUAAAUAACAUCCAAAUAAACCACCUUAAAAUGUUUGGUAUACUAGUCUGGAUUUUAUUUUAUUUGUUACUACUCUAUGUAAUCCUUGCAUAUUUUUGUCCACCAGUCCACAAAUUAGUUUACAUUGUUAACAGUAUUAGUCUGUUGAACAAAAUAUAAUUAAUUUGGCAACUUCUAUAAUGGUGAUGGCUGUAAAGAGUUACGGUAGAGGUACAUUACUGCAGCAACAUGUUGACACCUCAUCUUUAACUGGUGUAGGAUUUGCUCAUGUGAAUGACUAGAUAAGAUCUUCUGCUUGAUAAAAACACGUAAUAACAUUUACUGACAAAAAUGCCUAUUUGCAACCAGCAUAUUAAAUAGUAUGUUUAAUUCAAAUUACAUAUUUCAUUCAACAAAAACUAAUUACUUUGAAUAGAAAUACAGUAACAUGAUUAAUAUUUUUAUCUUAAAUAGGGGAUAUUCUGUGUAAUCUGCAUGAUGAGACAAUAUGAAGGAGAAUUUUGAAACUUUUUUUGGAAAUAAUGAUGCAUAUGGACAUGUGUAAUACUUUAAAUGACAUAAUAGAUCAUUUAAGUAAGCUGUGUAUUGAUGUGGAGAUAAGAAGCAAGAGUAAUUGGAACAGAAAACAUGGAAAGGUACCUAAAUAGCAACAUAAUUAAAAGAAGAAAUUAUCUUUCUGGAAUUUUUGAUUGGCUGCAUAUAUUUUUAUCACAACAGAACAAAUGUCUUAUAUGCAAAGGCAUAAUAUUUAUAAUUUAUAUAUUUUUAAUAAAUAAUGUAGCUUGUUUUAUACAAGCUUUAUUGUAUUUCAUGAAAUGCUUUGAAAUUUAAGGAAUUUUUGUUUGAUCCAUUAUUUUAAAAAUUAUAUUGACUGCUUUUACUUCUUGUAGAAAAAUUAUGGCUAAAUAUGUAGGUAGGGAACAUAGGUACAGUAUUUCAUUACAUUCAACACUGGUUUUUGUUAUGUAAUUUGUGACAAGUAUGUACUGUGCGGCAUGUAAUAAUAUAUGUUAUAUAUUUUUUCAUAACAUUUUA